UGUUGUGUAACAUGAUUUUUUUUCUUCUUCCCAGUUUUAUAACAUGCUGUUCAAGCAUGAUACAUAUCAAGCGAAAUAAAACUAUUUUCUCAUGGCUGCUUGUGAGCAGUUGACAUGCAACACACUGUAUACUGUACAUCCAUACACAUGUUCAGAUGAUUAUUUUGGUGUGACUGCCAGGCAUGUUUUGUUUUUUUUGUUUUUUUUAAUCUAUAUUUCUUGGUCCAAUGGGGCAGCCAAACAAUAUGCUUAGCAAAAUGUAUUUGUAUUCUAAAUGAUUGUUUUUAGAUGUGGUGUUUGGAUUUUUAGAGCUGGUCUGUCUGAUUGACUGACUGUCAUAUUUGUAUAACUCUGGAUAUUUACUGUAACAUAUGGACAUGCCAGCCCUUUUCUUUGUCCAGAAAAUAUCAAAAUAAUGGGAAAACUUUGCUCCUCCCUUUUUUGCUGCUUGAUCUUUCAAAUCAUGUGAGGAAAAACAGGAAGCAGCAGGAGGGGUGUGCAAACUGGCACUUCACAUAACAGCUGUGCUGUAUUCUCCCUGAGGACGUGCAUACAGUAUACGUGCAUGCAGGCACAUACUGCAGGAAUCCUACCUGUAGCUUCCUUUCUUGUCUAAUCCUCUCAGAUCUCCAAAUAAACUUUAUAUGCAUUAGAACUUGGGUGGAACUCCUGCACCAAUCUCAUGGAUUAUCUUAUUUUGUGUUUACAUUGGACAUAAGGUGCAGCAUUGUUUGUGGAUUUAGGUGAGAGACCGUAUUUUCAACUGUGUAAGGACUAUUAUUACAGUGUGUCCAAAAGUUGAAAUACAGCACAGCUGCACCUCAAAAUGUAAUUGUCGUCGUAUGGGGACCUCUGCUGUAGGAAAGUGGUGCUCAGUCAUGUUGUGACCUCGAAAAUUACGCUGUUUUAACGGUAGUUUUAAUCUCCAUCGUAAUUCUUGUGGUGCAGAUCCCCGGUAUUGACUUCCCAAUUACCGCAGCUCUCGUUUGUGAAAAGAGAUUCCCUGCAUUAAACUGAGGACAAUAUAGUUAAUCCGUUUCUGAAAUCCAUUCCAGGGUUUACCAGGUUGGCUCAGCGGCAGGACGCGCUGAGCAGCGCAGUAUCUGCUGUGCGGAUACACGAACACCCACACCACCUGGCGUUGCUUUGCUUACACUUAUCCACAUCUUCUACAGAUCUACCAAUCGCCAUCGCGGGACCUUGUUUGUUGCCCAUAUGCCAAAAUGUGAUUAUAUGAUGAUGCCGUAGCCUGGAGGUGCGCUUACUAACAGGUAAACUAGUGGCUACCGACAAAUUCCUCUAGGAGAGUGUGCAUCAUAGGACGUUUAACGCUUUGACCUUUGACUGAUAGCGAAUAACAAAUCAAAGGUCGGUGGCUGGGAGCGGACCCGGGGUUCAAAGCGCAUCUCCACCACGGCACAAGACGGCGCUCCCGGGAGAAUGGUAGAAAGCGCUCUGAAAGUUGGUCGAUAGCGGCGGAGAUAGCUUCGGUAUCGGCAGAGGGAGCAGCGGCGGCAGUGCACUCGGCGGCUCCAUAGCGGCUACCAUUGGACCGAAGGCAGGCCUGCUGAGAGAGGACUGCAGCACCAUGGACAGCUCAGAUAUGGAUGCUGGCUAUGGUGGAGGGCUGUUGGAUAUGGUGAAGGGAGGAGCCGGGAAAUUCUUCAGCAACUUUAAGGACAACCUGAAGGACACUCUGAAAGACACUUCCACCAAGGUCAUGCAUCAAGUUGCCACGUACACUAAAGGGGAACUGGACAUUGCUUACAUCACAUCACGGAUCAUAGUGAUGACCUACCCAUCUGAGUCAGUCCAGAUUGGCUACCAGAAUCAUGUAGAAGACAUCCGCUCCUUCCUCGACAGUCACCAUGCCGACCACUACACUGUUUUCAACCUAUCACAGCGCAACUACCGUGGCGCCAAAUUCUCCAGCAGGGUUUCAGAGUGUAAUUGGCCGUCUCGCCAGGCUCCAAGCCUGCACAAUUUGUUUGCUGUGUGUAAGAACAUGCACAACUGGCUCAAACAGAAUCCCAAGAACGUGUGUGUCAUCACCUGCUCGGAUGGCCGCGCACCUUCAGGUGUUUUGGUCUGUGCCAUGUUCUGCUUCUGCCACCUCUUCAACAACCCAGUUCCCGCCAUGCAGCUGCUCAGUGCCAAGAGACCAGGGUCUGGCCUUUGGCCUUCGCAUCACAGGUACAUAGGUUAUGUAUGUAGCAUGGUAUCAGAGAAACCCAGUGUACCGCACUCCAAGCCCCUGGUUAUCAAGGCCCUCACCAUGAGCCCAGUUCCCUGCUUCAACAAGCAGCGUAGCGGCUGUCGGCCUUUCUGCGACGUCCUCAUUGGAGAGACAAAGAUCUUCACCACUGCACAGGAGUAUGAGAGGAUGAGAGAGCACAGGAUCCAAGAGGGAAAGGUGGUGUUCCAACUGGGUGUAAGUGUGCAAGGUGAUGUUGUGGUUUCUGUCUACCACAUGCGGUCGACCAUCGGAGGACGUCUACAGGCCAAGGUAUCCAACACCCAGAUCUUCCAGAUCCAGUUUCACACUGGCUUCAUUGCUCCUGGAACAACGAUGUUAAAGUUUAACAAACCAGAGCUGGAUGCAUGUGACUCUCCUGAGAAGUAUCCCCAGCUGUUUCAUGUGAUACUGGACAUGGUGGUAGAGGGGGUGGACAAGCAAAAGGAUCUGACUCCACCAUGGGAGCAGUUCCCUUGUAAAGACCUCAGCCCCAGUGUGCUCUUCUCCUGCCACCAGGAACAUCAGGACGCACUUGCUAUUGCUGAUGAAAUGGAGGGUUUGGAUCUGGAGGAGCCAAGCAGACCCCAUGGAGGUCCGAACAGUCGGGGCCAUGGAGAGGACAGUGAGCCCUCAGACGAUGAGAUGCUGUCUCUCUCCAGCCAGCGAAGCAGCACCAGCAUGUCUACAGAGAAACCUGGGCCCCCUGCUGCAGCACCUGCUGAGGAAGCGGAUCUUCUUGGCCUGGAUGGGGAGGAGAUCAACUCCCCACGCCCCUCAUCUCAGCCCACAUCUACUGCAGCCGCAGCCACUGACCUACUAGGGGACUUGUUUGGGGCCCCACCUCAGCCAAGCAGUGGGCCUUCAUCUACCCAGUCCACACCACAUAAAGCUGUCCCUAACACCACCUCGCCAUGUCCUUCUCCUGCACCACCAGCGUUUGAUCCCUUUGGGACCAGUCCAAAGCCUAAGCCUCAGGACAUGAUGGGUUCAUUCCUUGGACCAGGUAACAUGGGGCAGCCAGACCCCUUCCUGCAUGCUGCUCGCUCUCCAUCACCCACCCUGCAGCCCACCAACCUGGGUCGGAGUUCCCCUGCCCCUAACACCACCCCAACCGUCAACAUUCAGCAGCAAAACACAAUGGGAAGAUGGGACUGGAACAGACCUGCUACCAAAACCACAGGAGGAGGCUUCAGUACGGGCAGUCGGUCAGCCACUACCAGUCCCACAGGCUCAGUACACAGUACCCCCACCCACCAGACCAAGCCAAACACUCUGGACCCCUUCGCUGACAUAGGCCACCUGGGUGGAAGCCUUGGAGGAGGUUCUGGUUUCUCCAGUAAACCCACCACCCCUACUGGAACAGCUCCUUCAUUCCCUCCCAUGGGAUCACCAUCACGGCCUCCUCCAUCUCCCCAGCACACAGGAGGGUGGCAGCCCCAUACAGGAAGCAGCUUCCCAUUGUGGCAGCCAGGUGCUGGAAGCAGCGGAGGUUGGCAACCCCAAGGACAGGGUCCCUCCCCACAGCCAAAGCCCAGCCCCAGUCACACCUCCAUGCCAAACACAUCGCCCCAGAGCCGACCAAACUACAACGUCAGCUUCUCUGCAAUGGGAGGAGGCUCACCCAGUGCAGGCAGUAAAGCACAGACUGGCAUGGGUUCCAAGCCCAGGGCCUCGGAUGCCAACUUUGAUGACCUGCUGUCUGGUCAGGGCUUUGCAGGGACCAAAGAGAAGAAAGGGCCAAGGACUAUAGCAGAGAUGAGGAAGGAGGAGAUGGCCAAAGAGAUGGACCCUGAGAAACUAAAGAUUCUCGACUGGAUUGAGGGGAAGGAGCGUAACAUCCGAGCCCUGCUGUCCACCAUGCACACUGUGCUGUGGGAGGGAGAGACACGCUGGAAGCCUGUGGGCAUGGCUGACCUGGUCACUCCAGAACAGGUCAAGAAGGUCUACCGCAAAGCAGUGCUGGUCGUUCAUCCAGAUAAGGCAACAGGACAACCCUAUGAACAAUAUGCCAAGAUGAUUUUCAUGGAACUAAAUGAUGCCUGGUCAGAAUUUGAAAGCCAAGGACAAAAACCCCUCUACUGAAAGGAAGUAAGUGAGGGGAGGAUGAUUCCAUCAUCAAAUCAUAACAAAAUGUAUUGUCACCUCUGGUCAACAUACUACAGCCACACCCUACAACAUCUGCCUUUAUACCUGUGCUGAGACCUGUGUUUCUCUUUUUGCCACACAAACAUAGAACAUCCAGUUGAUCUACAAUGACAAUAAAAGACUACAGAGCUCCAGUGCCCGAACAGAGUAACUGAACAAAUGGCUCCCUGUAGCUCCAGUGUUCCUACUACUCCAUGCAUGUGAUUCAACAUUGUCCUUCCUCGUUGAGUAUCCUUAGCCCUGAAGACCCCCCAAACAAUGCAUAGUCAAUGAGAUUUCUAGAAACAAAGGGAAUGGUUGAAUCACAGGAGACAGAUCAAUAGGGAGCAACAGAUGAAGGACACAUGAGAUAUAAGAAAAAAACAUCAGGGAGUAAAGUGAACAAGCAUCUUGCAGCCUGUCCUAACUCCAAAUAGUCUGUAAGGCACAAAAAGCAUUUAACAGCAAUCAAGCCAUUUUGCUUAGGAAGUAGAUUUUAAUUUGUAUCUUAUAGUAAAAUUGGAUCCAUGAUCAGUUCUGUCAGAUCCAAUCCACAGUUUCAUGGAGUUGAAUGUUCCUAGAAAUAAGAAAAAAAUAACAUCAGCAUGGAGUGACUGUAUGUUUCUCAAUGAUUAGAGUGAAAAUGAACUGAGGCCAAACCUGGUUUUCAUCCACAAUCAUCUGUUUGUUGGUACAUAUUUAAAAAGUUAAUGAGUUAAUCCCAUUUAAAAAGCGAAUUAAAGCAAAGGUUGGCUUCCAACUCCAUUAGCCUUAAACAUAACCUGCUGAGAAUAACUGAAAAUGAAAAAACACAAGGUUUAUGUCAAAGGCUGCCAACAUUUCAAUACUUCACAUAAUAUUCAUGACUGAUGAACCACAAUGGUGUAUUAUAGGCAAGCCCCUUCUCACUGGUGUGUCUGAUGUAAGCAAGCCUUGUGUGUUUCCAUGUGUGAGGGAAACUGGGGAUUGUAUAUUUUAGGAUUAGUACAUGUACAGUUCCCUACAUGAAGCACCUUAAGGUCUCACUCAUACACAAUGUGUAAAGCACAAACUGAAAACUUGACCCAGCACAGCUUUGAAGGAAAUCCAUUGUGAUUUAUUUAUUAGCUCAUUUUGAUUGUUUUCAUUUUCUUCUGUUUUUUUCCAUCAGGGAAAGAAUAUGAAGGCAAAGUUAGGCAUUUUUAGGCUGUUAUAUUGAAAAUAAGGGAAUAUUUUAUUCAGACUACAUCACAAUUUUUGUGUGUAUAGCCUUUUAUAUUCUGCAGUAUCUUUUUUCCAAACUACAGCGUGACAUUAUUGUGAUUAAGAUAUGGGUUGAUUUUACGAACAUGAAUACUUUUGUCAUAGGAUGAUUUAUAAACUGUCAAAGCAAUGGGUGGAUGAAUGUGCUUCACUGUAUCUCACUGCUUCGUGUCUCAAAUUCCUGAUCUCACUGAAAUCCUAUACAUUUCUGGUGUGUAAAAUGUAGUUCAAUCCUGGGAUGAAGUCUAUGGGCCAGUGACAAACAUAAAACAAAAUAUGUGUAAAAGAAAUUGAAGAAAUUCUUAAAUUUCUUUUUCACAGCAAAGUAAAAUGGCUCUACAACAUGUUCACCUCUCAGCACUGUGUAACUGACAAAGCUUUACUGUAAAACCCAGUACAGAUGGUUUUAUAAGAUGUAUGAGCUUGUUAUUAGUUCAAAUGUGUUUAAUUCCAUUUUAAUACAAGAUUUGAGCUGAAUAUUUUCCUUUACAUGUUCAUGAACUGUUUUUCUUUCCAUCAUUACUGUUUCCUCUCUCUGUUUAGGAGAUUUAGGUGAAGGAUGAGACACUUUUCAGGUGGUCCAUAGUUCUUGUUAACCAUCAAAAAGUCUUUUCCCUUUGUUGAACUUCGACUUUGUUCAUCUGUGAUGAGGAUGUCGACUGAAUACUGACCGCAGGGAAAAGGUCUGACUGCUGUAAAGCACUGUUUCUUCAACUGUUUUGGGACCCAGAAUCAAUCACAUGACAGUAGAGAAAAUGUGUCAACUGAAUUGAGUCCUCCUAAACGAACGCUGGAUCUCAGAGGGCUGAAAAUGUUCACCUCUAUUAGUGAGGCUACUGCUUUCUUUGGCGACUUACCAGACACAGGAAGUGUGGAGUAUGUGCUUCUGUGCUCUAUUUACACUGAGGACCUACGUGUGAAAUAAUAACCCUCAUACGCUCCCUCGCUGACUGGUUUCUCUUUCUGCAAUCUUACAGCUAUGUUAGAAAAGCUAACCUCUAUAUUAUAGUCAAUGGAUGUGUGUUGUGUGAAGUUGUGGUAUGUGUGGAAGUGAUCAGAUUUGGACACAGACUACUGUAUGUUAAUGUUUGCCUGUCUGCUGUUCAAAUAUUACUAAAUUGUGUAUAAAUUAUGUUCAUGUGUUCCAUUUAAGUUUUGUUUACCAUUACAAGAUGUAUAUAAUGAUCAAGUGCAGUGCACAAAAAUAAAUAGUAAACAGAAAGCAGAACAGGAGAGCAGAGUACUGUUCAUCUUUACUUCAUUUAACAGAUGUACAAAGAUGGCCCCAAGAGGUGGCAGCCUGGGAAUCUUCAAGUUUUAAUGAGAAAUUUAUUUGGUGUUUCUCUUUUCAGUCACCUAAUAAAUGUCCCAAGUUGUGUUUCUCACUUUGACCACUAGAGGGUAGCAACAUAACAUGUGCACGAUUGAGGACUUUAAUGACGUGUAGUGAGGUCAGGUACUUGGAUCCUUUACUAACUGUACGUUAAAGCUCAGUAACCAAAUUUUGGUCCCUGAAUAGGUAUUUAAAUGAAUCUAUUUAAAAGAUUUUGAGAGAAUAUAACUACUAAUUCAUUGACAUCUGAAAUGUAACAUGGCAAUACUAUUUUUGUAAGGGGUUAAAAGCCAAAAGCAUUGGGAAUCACUGGUUUGAUUCCAAAAAGAACCACCAGACCAGCAGACAGAUUUAUAAACAUGCUAUAUAUCCCUAUAGCAUGACUAAUGUAAGAUUUAAGAUGAACUAAAUGCCAACAUUAGCAUGCUAAUAUGCUCAUACUGAUCAUGUUAAUAGGCCAAUGUUCAACAGUAAUAAUGCUUAGUUAAUGUUUACCAUUUUUGGGAAAUUUAGCAUGUUGUGUGUUAGUAUAUUGCAUGUGCAUGCUGAAAUGUGCUAAUUAACAGUAAACACAUUGUCUUUUUGGUUAAACUGCUGACAAGACAUCUGAAACAUGACAAAGACCUCACCCACCCUAACCUGACAGUGAUGGGGACAAGGUUAGGUACCACUGAUUAAUC